UCUGCAUUAUCUUCCUUCUCAUCUUCUUCGUUGCAGACCACAAAACUUUCCCACUUUUUCCGUUAGUUAUUUUUCCCGCUAAAACAAAACAAUGCUUCUCCACUCCUCUCUCUCGACCCCAACUGUUGCUUCCUCUCCCUCCCCUUUCAAAAACCCUCAACAUUCCAUCCCUCUCUCUUCCUCUUCUCCACACCCUCCUCUCUUCCUCCUCAAGUUCCGUACAUCUCACCGCCACAAUCUCCGGUACCUGACAACCCUCGGCAUCAUCAACCCGGAAACCAAAUCUCACAAAAACUCAUCUCCUGAAACCCUCCAUCAAAUCCUUUCCACCGUAAACUUCUUCAAAUCCAAGGGCUUUAGGGAUGCCGACUUCCCCAGACUCGCCUUCCUUUGCCCGGAACUCUUCUCGCCGGUGUUUGACCCCACCGACGUUGAACCCGUUUUGGACUUCUUAUCCAUUGACUUAGCUGCCUCCGAUCAAGAAUCUUGCGGUCUGAUUCUCCGGUGUCCCCGGAUUCUCCUUUCCAACGUCGAGUUUUGUCUCCGGCCAACGCUUGUCUACCUCAGAGAGUUGGGACUGGAAAAGCUGAACACACCCACUAACCUAAAUGCUCAUCUCUUGAACACUCGCGUUCACAAACUUGAAGAGAAGGUGAGGUUUUUGCAGGGCGUUGGGCUGUCGUACGAGGACUCAGCUAGGGUUUGUGCGCGUUUGCCGGCGAUAUUCGGAUACAGUUUGGAGAAUAAUUUGAGGCAGAAGAUUGUGUAUUUGGUGAGGGAAAUGAAGAGGAGUGUUGAGGAGGUGAAGGAGUUUCCGCAGUACUUUGCUUACAGCCUGGAGAGGCGGAUAGCGCCAAGGCAUUUGCAUUUAAAGCAGAGGAAUGUUGAGGUUCCGUUGAAGAGAAUGUUGUUGUGGAGUGAUCAAAAAUUUUAUGCUAAAUGGAAGUGACUUUUUUUAUUA